AUGAGGGCAACACCUUUGGCGCUGGGCGCUAUUGCUGCCAUUAGUUCACAAGUUCUGGCACACCCUCACGACAAUGUCCGAGCUGAGAGCAGCGAGACUGACAGCUACGAUUACAUCGUCAUCGGGUCGGGUCCCGGGGGCGGUCCGCUGGCAGUCAAUCUCGCUGAAGCAGGCUACUCAGUCCUCAUACUCGAGGCCGGGCGAAAUCACACAGACCAGCCUAGCCAAGAGAUCCCGGCCUUCUUCGGAGAGGCACAAUGGGAUGAGUCCCAAGGCUGGUGGUUCUACACGAAGGACUACGAUGAUCAGGAGCAGCGCGCCAAGAACAGCAAGACGGUCUGGCUGAAGCCCGACGGCCAGUAUUGGGUGGGAUUGAACCCCCCUGAGGGCUCUAAGGAGCUCGGUAUAUGGUAUCCCCGCGCGGGCACCCUUGGCGGCUGCGACACUCACAAUGGUGGAUUGACCGUGCGUCCGUCCGACUGGGACUGGGACAAUAUCAAGGACAUUACAGGGGAUGAGACCUGGGGCCACGAGUACAUGCUAGAGUAUUUCAAGAAGCUGGAGCGCAACCUCUAUCUACCAGAGGAUACUCCAGGUCACGGCUUUUCCGGCUACCAACCUGUGGGUAGGGCCAACAAGACGUUGAUUGAGUCGGACAAGCAAGUGAUGGCUAUUGCCAAGGCCUCUGAUGAAGCGCUCGGGUACUCCGAGAGGGCCAAGAGUGAUGACUUUGACGUCGUUGCGAACUGGGACAUCAACGAGGAUCGGCCUGACCGCGACUUCCAAAAUGAUGUUUACCAGAUCUCCUUCAAAAAGGACGAGCAAGAGAAGAGGUUUAGCGCUGGUAGUCGAGUCAAUCAAGGCAUCAGCAAAGGCCUCCCACUGACUGUUCGUUUCGACAGCUUUGUCACAAAGAUCAAGUUGGACGGUUUGCGUGCUACUGGUGUUGAGUACCUGGAGGGAGAGGCUUUGUACCGCGCUGAUCCACGGGCGGCCUCCAAAAACACCACUGGCAUUCCCAGAAGCGUUACUGCAAAGCGUGAGAUAAUCGUUGCUGGCGGCACUUUCAACACACCACAAAUUUUGAUGCACAGUGGUAUUGGUCCAGCUGAUCACCUGAAGGAGCACAACAUCCCGGUCCUUGUGGACCUCCCUGGUGUCGGUCGUAACCUGCAAGACCAUUACGAAAUCCCCGUUAUUCACGAGUUCCCCAAAAACUUCACCUUCUUUGAUACGUGUAGUGGAAGCCUCGAGGAGAACCCUUGCUACCACGAGUGGCUCCAGGGCAAGGGGCCUUGGACCACCCUUGGGUUUUACGAGUUUGUCCUGUAUACCUCUAAGGACGCGCCUCGGGGCGAGCGUGAUCUGAUCCUGUACGGUGUCUCUGGUGUCAUCUUUGGACACGUCCCACCUUAUACCAAUAGCUCUGAGCUCUCCAAGAUCAACAACAAAUACACUUAUACCAUUUCUGAGUCGCAUCCUCGCAACAAAGCUGGGACUGUCACUCUCACGUCUUCUGAUCCUCUCGAUGUCCCCGAAAUCAACUUUCGUUAUUUCACAGAUGGCGGAAAGGAAGAUGUACAGGGUCUCGUUGACGGCAUCGAGUUCACCAGGAAGAUCUUCGACUCUGUCCCUGGCGGCACAGUAGGCGAGGUCUACCCCGGCAGGAACGUCAGCUCCCAGAAGCAGCUCCAGGACUUUGUCCGGAAUGAGGCGUACGGACACCAUGCCAGUGGCACAGCUUCCAUCGGUAGCGAUGACGACCCCCUGGCAGUCUUGGACUCUCGUUUCCGUGUUCGUGGGGUAGAGGGUUUGCGUGUCGCGGACGCUUCCGUGUUCCCUGUUACACCCGGGACUUUCCCAUUGAUCUCCCUCUUUAUGAUGAGUGAGAAGGCUAGUGCGGUGAUUCUGGAAGACGCCGAUAAGCUGAACUAA